AAAGUAGGUUAAAUUUUUCAUAAACCGAAGAGGAUGGUCGAACCCAGACGGACGGGCACUUUUCUCGAUUUAUAAAAUUUAUUCACGACUACAGCGUCGUUCGCGGUCUGAAUACAAUUCUAAAGAAAUAUUUUGCAAAAGUAGGCUGUGAUAUUUUUUUUAAGGAGGAACGUAUUUGCUCACAUUGUGAGCUUUAACGACGGUGGGCGACGCGGAUCAUUUCCUUUGAGGGGACCCUGCUGGUCCUUUAAACGUAAAAUCCGUGUUUUUUGUGUCAAUUUUCGUUUUGAUUUCUUGAUUGAAUCGACUAAGCAUUUCUACGAUGGUUCAGAAAGACAAGAUUUUAGACACUCCUCCGUUAGAUGUAGAGCCGAGCCCCAGCCCAGUCUCUGGAGAGGCUUGCGUGGAGGCCCCGGGCCCAGUGGCGGACCCCGGCAUCGUAGUGGAAACGACGGGCCACAGAAAAUUCAUCAGUGGGGUUGUCGAAGGGUUCUAUGGGCGCCCCUGGACUAUGGAGCAGAGAAAAGAGCUGUUCAGAAGGCAACAGAAAUGGGGACUGAACACAUAUCUAUAUGCACCUAAAGAUGACUACAAACACAGAAUGUUCUGGAGAGAGAUGUAUUCAGUGGAAGAAGCUGAACAACUUAUGACUUUAGUUAGUGCUGCCAAGGAGCAUGGAAUAGAGUUUAUAUAUGCCAUAUCCCCUGGGUUAGACAUAACCUUCUCCAAUCAGAAAGAGGUCACGGCACUUAAAAGAAAGCUUGAUCAGGUUACACAUUUUGGCUGCAAGUCCUUUGCCUUACUUUUUGAUGAUAUUGACCACAACAUGUGCCCUGCUGAUAAAGAAGUGUUCAGCUCCUUUGCUCAUGCUCAGGUUUCUUUAACAAAUGAGAUUUACCAGUACCUGGGAGAGCCCGAAACCUUCCUGUUUUGCCCCACAGAGUACUGUGGGACGUUCUGCUACCCAAAUGUCUCGCAAUCUCCCUACCUCCACACAGUUGGAGAGAAAUUGCUGCCUAGCAUUGAUGUGCUGUGGACAGGUCCCAAAGUGGUUUCUAAAGAAAUCCCAGUAGAGUCCAUUGAGGAGGUGUCAAAGAUCCUGAGAAGAGCCCCUGUGAUCUGGGACAACAUUCAUGCCAAUGAUUAUGACCAGAAGCGGCUUUUCUUAGGGCCGUACAAGGGUCGCUCAACGGAACUGAUUCCCAGGUUGAAGGGGGUCCUCACCAAUCCCAAUUGCGAGUUUGAAUCAAAUUUUGUCGCAAUUCACACUUUGGCCACCUGGUACAAGUCUAACAUGAACGGGGUCCGCAAGGAUGUGGUCAUGACUGAUGGUGAGGACAGCACUGUGUCCAUCCAGAUCAAGCUGGAGAAUGAAGGCAGCGAUGAGGAGCUGGAGACAGACAUGCUCUACAGUCCACAGCUUGCACUAAGGCUGGCUCUGACUGAAUGGUUGACAGAAUUUAGCGUGCCUCACCUAUAUAACAGCCGACAGGUGCCUCAGAGUGGUGCCAAAAGCACGGCCAUCGACGUAACUUCCAUGGCGGCCCCUUCCCUUUGCUCCUCCACGUCAGUCACAACCGUGUUCCAGCAGCCUAUAAUGUCUCCUGCGAUGCCCCCUCUCCUUCUGGAUCCCCUCCAGCAUCCUUUGGCUAAAUCUGAGGAGGUGGACACAGAAAAGAAAGAUUCAGAUGAGGAGCCGAUGGAGAUGGUGGUGGAGAAGGUGGAUGAGCCGGAAGCAGAGGUGGAUCCGGAAGAAAAAGACGUCGCUCCCAUCUUGGCUGACAAAAUGGCAGAGGACCUAAAACCUAUGGAUACAGACAAGGAGAGUCUGACGGAGUCCAAGUCCUCUGAAGAGUUAAUCCAGGAGGACUCUGCGAGUGAUAUUGCUCCGAUGCAGACAGACGAUCAGCUUAAACAGAUGUGGUCUCUGUGCCACCAGGAUCUGUACGUGCCGGGCCCCAAUGAGAAGCCUCUGUUCACGCCAGAGGCUCCCACACUGGAGGACCUGUGUCUGCUUGCUGAACUCUUUUAUCUGCCUUACGAACAUGGACCCAAGGCCACGCAGAUGUUAAAGGAGUUCAACUGGUUAAGAGCCAACAGCAGCGUCGUUAGCGUCAACUGUAAAAGGAAGGAAAAUGAAAAGGUGGAAGAAUGGCGGCUUCGGGCGGAGAAGUUUCAAGACAUGUGCUGCUCCGUCAUCCACAUGUUCACACGGCUGUCUAACACAGCCAACCGCACCAUCCUGUUUGACCUCUACCCUUACAUCUGGGACAUCAAGAGCAUCAUGUCUAUGGUCAAGUCUUUUGUUCUUUGGCUCGAUGGAAGAAUCCACAGUACAAGUUUCUACUGCUAUUGGAUGGACAGUGGCCGAUGGUGUCGUAGUCAGUCCUCAGCACAAUUCCCUAAAGGAGAACAAGAGUCCUGGGCCUUUAGGGGAGGUCUAGCUGGAGAGUUCCAGAGAUUGUUGCCAAUAGAUGGGGCAAACGAUCUUUUCUACCAGCCCCCACCUUCUUUGCCAACGUCCAAAAUCUAUACCAUACGGCCGUACUACCCCAAAGAUGAGGCUGCAGUUUAUAAAAUCUGUAAGGAAAUGUACUGUGAAGGAAUGGAAGAUGAGCCGUUUGCCGAGGAGGAAUCCGACCUGAUAGGGGACAGGUUAGUCGGAGGGCUCCUGACGGUGAGUUCAGAUUACGGUUUCGUGCUGGAGGAUGAUGAGGGGAUCUGCGGUUAUGCUCUUGGCACUGUAGACGUGAAGCCCUUCAUCAAGAAAUGCAAGUUGAGCUGGAUUCCCUUCAUGCAAGAGAAAUACCACAAACCUGACUGUGAGAAGGAUCUCUCCGAGGCUGAGAAGAUGAUCCUGAGUUUUCAUGAGGAGGAGGAGGGUCUACCAGACUCUUUCCUGUCCAAUUUUCCAUCCCUCAUUAAAGUAGACAUUCACGCCAAAGUCACUGACCCCAGUGUGGCCAAAAGCAUGAUGGGAUGUCUGUUAUCUUCUCUUAAGGCUAAUGGUUCUCAUGGUGCUUUUUGUAAAGUUCGUCAGACUGAUAAACGAAUGAUGGAAUUCUACAGUAAGCUGGGAUGUUUUGAAGUGGCCAAAAUGGACGGCUUCCCCAAAGACAUCAUCAUUAUGGGACGCAGCCUUUGAAGAAGCGCACUGUCACGGCGACGGGCAGAGCGAGAGCCAGUCGACACACCUUAAGCAUUUUUUGGUACCUCAUCGUGUGGAGAUCCUUCUUUGUUUUCUUCUUUUUGUUUUUUUGACCUCCAUUAAAAUUGGGCUCAGCCCAGGCCGUUCUGUUUUUUGGAGGGAGGGGGGGAUUUUUCUAAAUGAGCACAGGAAAAUCAUACCAUCGUUAUAGGUUGUGGCUCAGUUGGAUUUAACAGAUAAAGGUUCAACAUAAAGCGUGGCCCCCCAGCAUUGAUUUUUAGGACCCCAUGACUUGUUACUACAUCCAUUCAUUCAUCCUAC